AUGUUAAGAUCAACAACCGGAAGGCUAACCUUGUAUAACACAGUAACACCUGCAUCUAAUAACAUACUAAGAACCACACACCACACCAAACUAAUAACCCCAUAUUUCCAUCCAAUCCGUCAAAUAUCUUUUAAUCCAUUAAAUAUAGUAAAAGCAAUCCACAAAGCAAAUGAAAUAGAUGAAAGAUUUAAAAAAUUAGAUGAAAAUACAUCAACACAAGAUAAAAUAAAACAAAUAAUAGACGCAGUAAAAGAUUCACCAGAAUUAUUAUUUCAAUUAAAUUUUUUUUUUUAUGAAUGUAAUAAAAUAAAUAUUAAUCAUGAUGAUAUAGAAUCAAGAAAAAGAUCUUUAAAAUGGUGGUAUAUCUUUGUUUUCAAGUUGGUACCUUUAAAUAAUGCAUUUUGGGAUACUUGUUAUACUUUAAAUAAAGCUCAACAUAAACAUAAAUUAAAUUUUAAAAAUUUAAAUAAUAUUGGAUUAUUAGAUCCAAAAAAUUUUCCUGAGAAUUUCAUAAAUGAAUUAGGUACUGGAAAAUAUAAUGGAAUUGAUUUUAGAAAUGUUAUAAUUUUUUCAUUUUCAAGACCAAAAUUUAAAGAAAUUAGUUUACCUAAAAAAUAUCAACAUAAAAUUAUUGAGGACACAGCCAAUUCUAAAGUUUGA